AUGCAUCAUUUUUGCUUUCUUUCUCUCGCAAUCUUAUUGGGUCAUACUAUUGACCCGGCCUUUGCAACCUUAUCUCCUACAAAGAAGCCAGAAUACUCCCCCACUAAUGCGAUCUAUGUGCUUGAUUUUCGCACCCCUUCGGUUAUCGAAAAGUGCGGCGGCUUUAUAUGCAAAGACGCCAAGGGAAAGCCGUCUCAACUCCCUGAAGAAAAAGCAAAUAUGGAACUUUUUCGACUCUGGCCAUCCUUUGCUGAUGCUUGGGGGUAUUAUACAAAUCAUGAAGCUAAAAAGGGACGCUCAAUAAAUCCGGGUUAUAUGUAUGAAAUUGACCGCGUCGCUUUAAAUGCUCUGAGAGAUUUACAGCCACGUCUCAAGGAUCGCACUAUUAUUGCCAGUCUUAAAUGGCAUCAUAUUUCUGUAUAUGAAGAGGUUGGGUAUAAAAUGGGUUCAUGGUAUUGGGAAAUGCUUCACGUUUUCUUUCUUAGUUUCUUUUUAAUCUUCAGUAAUACUAUUGUCUCAGCUUCCGUUUCCACAACAAAAGACCUUGUAGCUGGCCAAAGUCUCCAUCACCGAAGUGUGCCAGACUCGCAAAGAUCAGGGUCGUACCUGGUCGAUCUCCUCCCUCCUGGAGUUCUUUCAAAGUGCAAAAGCUUCAACUGUCACAUUCCCGAUCGAGAAGCGAGCAUAGGCGAAACGGUGACCAACGGCAAAAUUGAUAAAAUUCCGUUCAGUGGUUUAAAGCUGUGGCGAAAUAUUGUCGACGCUUAUCAAUACAUCGUCAACAAAUUUCCUCGACAAUUCGCCUAUAUUUACCACAUUGACGGAGAUGCAAUCAAGUCAACGGCUGACUCUUGCGCUGCCAUUGCCAAAAUCUCAUGGUCAAACGUUCUCGGAUAUAGAUUGAUCAAGAACAAAUCAUUUACCACGGUGGAGGAGCCAAACCCACAAUACAAAGCCACUAAAAAAGAUGCCAGUAAAAAAGGGGCAGGUUGGCUAAAGCGCUUGUUUAGCUUCCGGGGCAGGAAAAAGAGCGAAAAGAAAUGCAAAAGUACCGGGUCUGCUGCCCGCGCCGGUGCUACGGCUCGGGCUGUGCGUCGUCCUACGGGCGAUGGUCAGGAUGCGGUGGUUGAUUGCGGGUGUUCAUAG